AUGUCUUCCAAGGCACUGGGCUAUAUCCAUGCUCUGUCCAAGACAACCGGGUUUGAAUGCAAGAUAGCACAGAUUCUAGUAACCAAGGGAGUCUUCCCAGGCAAAGAGGGGAAACUCACUCACUACCUUCAUGCCGAUGGUGAUCGUAAAGCACAGCGAGGCCAGGCAGAGGCCAAGGAGUUCCUCUGCUCCAGCCAGGCCUCAGAGGUGAAGAAAGCUAGGAAGCUGCAGUUGCUCAGGAGCCGCCUUCCGGGGCCGGUCUGGGAAAGCGCUGAAGGGAACGUCUGUGCUGUACACCCAGCCCGCGAGCUUCCCGUGGCCUUAGCGGACUCUACUCGGAUAAUGAAACCCUUUUUCUCCCAUGGACUCCUCUUGCUAGCUGUCCUGUACUGUCUGCUUCCCAGAACCAAGACAGACUAUCAGGAAGAACUUGACAAUAAACCAGACACUGAUAUCCUCCACUGCCAGAGGGAAAACUUUCAGUGCCAGAAGAAACGUUUCAGGUGCCGGAAGGUAGCUAUGACCAUCAGCAAUGUCUCCAUUUCUUUGUUCAAAGAGAUGGCCCAAUGGUCAAAAGAUGGAAACAUUUUAUUCUCCCCAAUUAGAGUUGUUGCUGCUAUUUCAAUGCUCGCCCUGGGAGCCAAAGAUAACAAUAGGCAACAUAUCCUGGAGGGCCUAAGCCUCAACAAAACAGGCUUGACCGAAGCUGAGAUCCACAAGUGUUUCUGGUAUCUGCUCCAUUCAGUCAAGCCGCGUACAGCACAAGCCCAAAUAAGAAGUGGUAGCAGCAUAUUCAUCGACAAAGGCCUGAACAAGGUAGAAAAAUUUGUGAAAGGAUCCAAGGACCUAUACUACUCUGACGUCGUCCCAAUUGACCUCACAGACAACAGUGCAGCCAAAACACAAAUCAUCAAUUAUAUGAGGAAGGAAACUAACAAGGAGAUAGUAGAUGCAGUCAAGAGUCUGGAGAUUGAUACAUUGCUUGCCCUGGUGAACUACAUUGACUUUAAUGGUAAGGCCAUGUUCUACUUCAUCUUACCUGAUGAAGGGAAGAUGCACAUGGCAGAAGAGAGGCUGAGCUAUCCACACUUCCGCCGGAUGAAGCAAUAUAACAGCCUAAGGAUGGUCAAUGCGCACAUACCGGAAUUGUCAAUAUCUGAGACCCAUGACCUGGAGUCAGUGUUGAAUGUACUAGGAAUCAACUAUGUUUUCAACAGUGAAGCCAGCAGUUCAGAAGAUGACACACUUCAUAAGUCCUUCAAGGUGAUAAGUACGGCCACACUGACCUUCAAUGACAAGGGGAUAGAACCUGUUCCGAAUUAUUGCGAUAACGAAGAGUGGGCUAGUAUUUCAGUUUUCCAGUUAAACAGGCCCUUCUUAAUCUUCAUUGAGCAUAUGGCAAAUGGGGCCCCCCUCUUUCUUGGCAGGGUGGUAAAUCCAAAAAACUAACUGCCCUUGGGAGUCAGCCCCUCUCC